AUGUUCAAACAAGUAAGGGCAUACAUCCCCAAAGCUAGAGGAGUGCGCUUCUACCACUCCAUAGACCAUCCCUCGUCCAAUCUCAUUGUCAACCCCGACUCCAUAGAGUCUACGAUAUUGACGAACUCGUUAAAACAUAUUCCAAAGUAUGGGUUCAACAGCUACUGUGUCACCAAGUCUAUCCAAGACUUGAAGUAUCCAGACUCGAUCCACUCGGUGCUCACUUCCAAUGCGGACGGGAAAUCGCUUGAGUUCCAAUUGAUGCUCCACUGGCUCAGGAUUCAACGAUCCAAGCUCCAUGAACAUAUCAUGGAUCCAGCAUCGGAGUUCCACUCUAUAGAAAACGAGUACGAGAGAGUCAGCUACUUGAUAAAGCAAAGAUUGCAGUACAAUGAGCCGAUCAUCAAGAAGUUAUCGUACGGGUUGUCGCAGUUGUCUACACCAUACAACCUCAGCCAGUCGUUAGAGGAGUUGCACAACUUGAGUGACGACAUUGUGUACUACGCGGGGGACGAGUCCAAUGACUUUGCUUGGUACACCAAGCGUGCCGGUGUGUCGUCGAUCUAUGUUGCUUCUGAAUUGUAUAUGUUGCUGGAUACCAGCGAGAACUUUAAGAACACCAAGGAGUUCGUGGACAACAGGGUCAGGGGAUUUGAUGGCUUGGGCGGUGUGUACAACAACAUCGAGCAGUGGGGUGCAUUCAACGCUAUCGGUUUGGUCAAUCUUGUAAAGAGCCAGUGGAUGAGAGGUUAG